AUGUCACACUGCAGGUUGUUUGCCAGGCUGCUUUUGCAGCAAAGUGGCGUCAGGCACUGUUAUACAGGAACAAGACAGAACCUAUACAUCGGCAAGAACACUAAGGUCAUCUGUCAAGGUUUCACAGGAAAGCAGGGGACAUUUCACAGUCAACAGUCUAUCGACUAUGGAUCACAGUUAGUUGGAGGAGUGUCCCCAGGCAAGGGGGGUAAGACGCAUCUCGGCCUGCCUGUCUUCAACUCAGUCAAGGAGGCGAAGGAAGGCACUGGAGCUGAUGCCACCGUGAUAUAUGUGCCCCCUCCAUUUGCUGCAGCUGCCAUCAUUGAGGCCAUUGAUGCUGAGAUUUCCCUGAUAGUAUGCAUUACUGAGGGCAUCCCCCAGCAAGACAUGGUGAAAGUGAAGCAUAGACUUCUGCGCCAGAACACCACUCGUCUCAUCGGCCCCAACUGCCCAGGAGUCAUUAAUCCUGGAGAGUGCAAGAUUGGGAUCAUGCCCGGCCACAUUCACAAAAAAGGAAGGAUCGGCAUUGUGUCUAGAUCAGGAACUCUGACAUAUGAGGCUGUGCACCAAACGACUCAAGUUGGCCUUGGUCAGUCCCUCUGCAUUGGUAUUGGCGGGGAUCCGUUCAACGGUACAAACUUCAUAGAUUGCCUGGAGGUGUUCCUGCAGGAUCCCAAGACAGAGGGCAUCAUCCUGAUUGGGGAAAUUGGAGGCAAUGCAGAGGAGAAUGCAGCAGAGUAUCUUAAACAACACAACUCCGGUGCUAAUGCCAAGCCUGUGGUGUCCUUCAUCGCUGGGCUAACAGCUCCUCCCGGGCGAAGGAUGGGUCACGCCGGUGCUAUCAUUGCUGGUGGAAAAGGAGGCGCCAAAGAGAAAAUUGCUGCCCUGCAGUCAGCUGGAGUUGUAGUCAGCAUGUCCCCUGCCCAGCUGGGCAGCACUAUGUUCAAGGAGUUUGAGAAGAGGAAGAUGCUGUGA